AAGUGUAUAUUCGAUGCCAUGGGACGAAAGAUUGAGGAGCUUGACAGUGAAACACAAGAACUGCUGGCAGCCUCUGUCACUAUCCCUUCACUUUCUAUCCUUGUGCAGGAGUUGGUAUAUAACAGUAUAGACAGUGGAGCUACGUGUAUUGCUGUCAGAAUCAACGUAGACAGGUCCUCUAGAGUACAGAUAGUAGACAAUGGGUGCGGAGUACAGAACGUGGUCGACCUAUGCGAACACCCACCAACCAACAAACGUAAAAUCUCCCGGAAGUUGUACGGGACCCGGAGAGGAAGUCUGUACAGUAUUGUUAAGUUAUGUGAACGAGUGAGUGUAACCACCAGGCGCCACAACUCUACCAUUACCAAGACAUUCUCCUCUUAUGACAAACCAAAAGUCGUGACUGAAAAACGAAACCGCCACUCUAUAGGCACGACAAUAACCAUUGACAAUGUGUUUAAUAACAUGCCGGUGAGAUCAGCUUGUGUCUCCUACAUGGACCUCGAACAAACUAAAGAUACCCUCCUAAAAGUAGCAGUAGCUAACCCCAGUGUAGCGAUAACUUUGAAAGAUAUCCACUCCGGAACGAAGCUGUUUCAGACCCAGUCUUCUUCAGCUUACUCUGACAACUUCAUGAUCUACUGCCAUCAUGCAAUAGAUUGGGAAAGACUGUCUCAAGUCAAGUUCGAUGUGAAUGGGUACAAGUUGACUGCUUUGUUGAGCAAUGAACUUCACCACAAGCCAAGACAGUUGGUGUACAUUAACCGACACCACAUUGAGGAUGAGCGCAUUAGAAAGUUUGCUAAUGACAUUCUCACCUCUGCACUGGGCUCAAAAGAUAGGAAAAACCAAGAGAACAGAUUUCCAGUUUUCCUAUUUCUAAUCACUUGUAAACCCAUCAAAGUAGACAUGUGCUUUGAGUCCAACACGUUCUGUGAGUUCCACGACUGGGACAGUGUCUUCACAUUAGUUUACAGAUGUAUUGCUAGUUUCCUUGAAGCCGAACAAAUCCCUCUAGAUGUUACAGAUGAAGAGCUGGCCCGACUGAAGACUCCUUGUCUAUCUUUGCAGUCCAUGCUGAGAGUCGCUUCUCCCAAUAUCAAUAUCAAAUCAGAUAAAGCUUUGAGACCUAGCAAGUAUAGGUCGUUGGCUCCACCUGACAGCAUGUUCCCAAGACAAAAUGAUAAUGAAGCAAAUGACAGUGCCACUGACGACCCGUCACCCAGAAAAUUGAUUAAAGAAACUGUCCUCUUAGAAACUCCUAAGAAGACCAAUCACCCAAAAUUUGUUCCAAAGAAGACUCGACUUAUCAAUGAUGUAAACUUUUCACCCCACAAUGAGAGAAACCCUAAACCAUGGAAUCUAAAAACACCUGAAAAGUUGAACAGUGAAGACAAGGACCAGAUAUUUAACACUCCUACUUCCUGGAUCACCGGAUCAACACUGUCGUAUUUGCAUAAUUCUCCUGCUCUCGAGCACCUGCAGAAAGAUAACGAGAAGCGAGCUGCAAGGGUGAUCAAAUCCUCAAAAACCGUUGAAAAAUCUCAUCCCCUUGAAAAAUAUCUGAAAACGGAAAAUUGUAGGCGUCGUUCUUCAACACCUCUACGCCCGUUGAAGCCCGCCGUUUUACAGCUCACCAUAUCCCCAAUUGGACAGCCUCAAAGGAUUAGAGACGCUCCGAGCCCGUCUGUACAAACAAAAAGAAAGAGAAGCUACCAGUCGACCAGUUAUAGUGUCUCCAAGAAACAAGUAACAAAGACAGACCAUAUUAUUGAAAUGAAAACUGAACGGUCACGUUUCCACUUUGAAACACCGAGAUUCAUUUUAGAUGGCCAGAAUCAUUCCUCGUCUCAUAUGCAGACAAAAGGUGCCAAUUUGUUCGGCGAAAUGAAGGACUCUGGAUACCAGACUCCUUUGGGAUUUGAGUCAAUCGAUUUAAAAAAGUCGAGUGAGCAACCAUUCGACGUUUUUGAGGAUGAAGAGGAGAAAUUUGUCAUGGAUGAGAGUUCGGUCCGAGAUUCAUUUGACCCAAAGCCACGAUUCAAGGUCUACUCGGAUGAUAGCAAGGCCCCGACCAAUGAUGAUGAGGAAACCAACCAUGAUUCAGCUUUAACCGGAGAAAACUCUGUCCUACAUUUCAGUCAAGUCUCUCAAGAAAAACAGACAGCUGAAGAUGAUCCUAAAACGCUGACGAAAGGUUCGGAAGAAAACCAGCGUGUUCGUGUUAUGAUCGUCGGCCAUAGUAAGGUAGAGACUGCCUGUUCCCCUAUAAAGAUAACUGUUGAUCGUGGCUGUUCACCAGUAAACUUCACCCAACUCAACAUCUUGAGUGCGUGCAAAGAAAGUGUUCCACACCAAGCUGUUGAAAUAGCAGAAGAAAUCGUACAAAGUAGGCCCAAAGUCAACAGUUCCAGCGAGAUACAAAAUAAUCAAAGUUAUCAAAGCUCCACCGAUAGAGGAAGUUUUCAAAGCGAGGACGGUUCAAUUGAGCAAUCCUGCUCAUUUGACAGCUUCGGUGACAUGAACGGAUCACUGAACAUGGACGGAUCACUCCUGUCUGAUGUAGAAAGGGAGAUAGACGAACUAACCAAGUCCCGUGACUUGUCCGCUUACUCUCAAGAGAACUGUCCCAUCAAAUCACCGUGUCUGGAGUGCCACUCUAUAUCUACUCACACAGUGAUGAAACGUCUUGACUUCGCUUCUCAGGUACUCCACAAACCAGACCACGCUGACAAGGAGAAUAUCCAGCCAGAGUUCCACGUGAUAGCUCCGGUGACUGCUGCAAGUCAUCUUGUUGCUGAUUAUUCACCUUGGAAUAAAGAGGGACCUAAAAUGACCGUCCACAAACGUCCGCAACCAUUGGAUGUAAGAAAAUGGAAAAGUGACGUGUUCACAACCCACGGAGAAGGUUCAUGGCGCAUUCAAACGGACUCUAAGGUCAAUAGAAAGUUCUUGUUAGAUGCCACAAAGUUUGAUAAGAGUGUGUUCGAUGGGAUCCAAGUUAUAGGACAGAUUGAUGAGAAGUUCAUAGGCUGUGUUUCUUCGGAGGGAAUGCUAAUUCUGGUGGAUCAACACGCCGCCCACGAGAGGGUCAGACUGGAGUGCAUGCUGGACACUGUUCACAAAAAUUGCAAGGCUACCAAAGAAGUUGAGUUGAAAAGGCUGUGCAACCAUAUCCCAAUCAAGAUCUCAAAAGCGGAUGGAGAAUUUAUCAUCCGCAUAUCCUCCAAAUUAAGACAUGUUGGGUUUGAGUUUGAUGCUGGUAAGUUCCAAUUUCUCAUCACAGCAAUCCCAGCGUUCUGCUUCUCAGAGUCCAAUCAUCUCAACAUCUCGGUUGAGGAUAUCGUCACCUCAUUCCACCAGACUGUGCAGCAGAUAAAAGAAUCAAAGGGAAGUAAUCUUGCCCUUCCUGCGCUACUGGUGGACUAUCUCCACUCUAAAGCGUGUCACGGUGCUAUACGGUUCGGAAAUGAGCUGACGCCACAGCAGUGUAUUGUUCUAAUUAAACAACUCAGUGUUUGCGAUCUUCCUUUCCAAUGUGCACAUGGUAGACCCUCGUUUGCUCCUAUUAUCAAGCUGAAAGAUGAGCAGCUGGCUAAAUUUAAAGGGUUACGGCUGGAUGUAGAUCCUAUCUGCCAGGAACUUAGCUUUUUGAAGCUCAGGUCACGUUGCCAAACCUCUUUAUAAAGAACGUGUCGUUGACGUUUUUCAUAGUGAAUAUAACUUGAUGUAGUAGUUGCAAUGAUGAGUGUUUAUUUAAUGCACGUAUUUUUAAAUGCAGUAAUUGUCUAUUUUUUUCAUAAUACAGGGUGGCCAAAAUGUAAUACCAACACGCAAGCCUUAAAUAACUCACGUAAUUGGCAUCAGAAUUGCUUUAAAAUUUCAGAGAAUAUAGAUAUGGGUCAAACUUAGAUUUCCUGAAAUUUUCGUAAAAUUAUAAAAUCACAUGUGUCUGGAAAUGUUGGAGUUCCUAACUCAAAACGUUCUCACUUUAUGGUGACAAAAGAGGAAAAGAGGGAGUGGUGUGCCACACCCUCUGUAAUUGAUGAAAUGUUACGAACAGUUCAGGAAAUCUAAGUUUAACCCAUAUCUAUAUUCUCUGAAAUUUUUGAGCAAUUCUGAUGCCAAUUACUUGAGUUAUUUAAGGGUUGCGUGUGGGUAGUUACUUUUGGGCCACCCUGUAUUUUAAAGUAUGUAUUUUGUAAUCGUGUUUUGAGCGUGUUUAAAAAUGUGUGGUACCAAAAAUGCAUGUAAAAAGUAAACUUUGCUUAUUGCUAUUGUAUUGCGAGUUAAAUGUUUGCAUGAAGUUGUCUAUUUUUGCAUUUUACCAUUAAAUGUGAUAAUAUUCAUAUUGUGUGAAAUUUCAGAAUUAAUUGGUCAAAUUAUUUUUAACGAGAACUGUAUUUUUGUGAUAGCAUAAUUAGAAAUGUGUUUAAAUAUAAUAUUAAUUGUGUGUUCUUUUUUCCUGACGUUUGGUAUAGGGUUGAUCUAAAGAAAUGUGAUUUUAAAGAAUAGUUGAUCAGAAUUAUUAUCAUAGUUAACCAUAUUAUAUACAUUAUAACAUAUCAUUUUAUAUAAAUAAACUUGUUUAUAAAUAAACUUGUUUCCAUUUAUAAUUGUUAUUUUGAAUAGCAUGAAUUGUAUUGUAAUUGUAUCUCUAAAUUAUUAACCAAUAUUUUAAAUUUGUGUGUAUUCUAAGUACCAUUAUGUAGGUACUUUACCGUAGUUAACGAGAUGUUCAAACAAAUAUUAUCAAUUGCAUCAAUUACAUGAAUAUAAAUAAAUUUGAAUUUCGU